GGAACAGAUGAGUCAUAGUGGGCAGAGCCAAGCCCGAGCUCCUAUUGGCGCAUUCUAGCGCAAAUCCUGCAUAUUUCUGUUAGGGAACGACUCUGUGAAGAACUUGUGUGCAAUAACUCAAUUGCCUCGGCAUUCCUUCUAAAUAACGUGAUUAUUUAAAACUUUUGCAAAGGGUAAAGUAUACAAAUCUUAGUCCACUCUGUUCACAACAAAUUUUAUUUUUGGGAACGGAACUGUAUUAAGAUCAGAUGUUUCAUCGAUUAGAACAUUUGCAGAAUGUCGGCCAAAAUCCAUCUUCUCUCACUGCCAGCCACUGGACUUCCUCUCACUACCAUAUUUGGCAACGCUACGCGGAUGCUUCAGUUAUACUUCCGGUAAAAUAUCUGUCUCGUUGUUCUAUCUGAGGCUGCACUGUGGUAGUGGAGGAACGGGAAGUUCCGGGCAGGCACACACCAUUCUUCAGAAUAAAGAAAGAACCAAAACUGUGAUGUUUGUUUAGCAUGUCAUUGGUUUUGUCUGAAAUUCACAAGCUGGUGAAAAUGGUGGCGCCCAUUCUGUCUGCGUCAACAGACUUCUGUGCUGGUGCAGAGACAAUUUCACGAUCGCACUACUUUUUUGAAGCUGAAUGCAAUGAUUAUCAUGUUCCUCUUGUAGAAUAUUACCUCAACAGUAUUGUGGAGCUGCUGCACCUAAAUAUAAACAGUACCGGCACCUAUUUCAGUCCAAGUUAAGCACUGAAUUAAAUAAUUGAACCAAAAUAAAUAUAAUAUAUAUUUUUGAGAGUAAAGAAAGUGCCUGAACUGUCAAGACAAUACGUUUUUUUCUAUUACUCGUUGUUACUACAGGACGACUAGAAUUAAGUCUGAGGCCGGUAACAUCAACAGUGAGGACAAACCCAGCCUGCCCCUCUCCUUCCACACUGAGUCCAAACCUACAGUCACUGGGUCCUGAUUGUGACAGUGGAGCCCAGUUUGCACUGCAGGAUCCAGAGAUGGCAUCAGUGAAGCUGGAAGACUGCAGUCAAACACUGGAGCUGAAUGUCAACAUUAAAGAUGAAGAAGAGGAGGAGAAGAUUGGGAAAUCUGUUUCUCAUGGAGACCAUGUUGAGACAUUCUUUACAUCCAGAGAGCAACAGCAGGAAGAUCACAGAGCUAAGAGGUCUCACCACUGCCCACAUUGUGAGGAGACUUUCCCAAUUCUAUCAAAGCUAAAAAUACACCUAAAAAGACACACAGGAAAGAAUCUGUAUUCCUGUACUGACUGUGGGAAGAGAUUCACAACAUCAAGGGCUCUGACAGAUCAUCGGAGAGUGCACACUGGAGAGAAGCCUUACUCCUGUUCUGACUGUGGGAAGAGUUUCUCUCGACAGGGCCACUUAAAAAGACAUGAACAUAUACAUAAAGGAAUGAAGCCUUACACCUGCUCUGACUGUGUAAAAUGCUACACAACAUCAACUGAGCUAAAACUUCAUCAGAGAGUGCACACUGUAGAGAAGCCUUACUCCUGCUCAGACUGUGGGAAGAGUUUCUCUCGACAGGGUUUUUUAAAAGCACAUGAAUUUAUACAUACAGGAGUGAAACCUUAUUCCUGCUCUGACUGUGGGAAGAUGUUCUCUCAAUUGGGCAACUUAAAAACACAUGAACGUAUACAUACAGGAGUGAAGCCUUACUCCUGCUCUGACUGUGUAAAAUGCUUCACAACAUCAACUGAGCUAAAAGUCCAUCAGAGAACACACACAGGAGAGAAGCCUUACUCCUGCUCUGACUGUGUAAAAUGCUUCACAACAUCAACUGAGCUAAAAGUCCAUCAGAGAACACACACAGGCGAGAAGCCUUACUUCUGCUCUGACUGUGGAAAGAGUUUCUCUCAAUUGUGCCACUUAAAAAGACACCAAGGUAAACAUGAAGGAGAGAAGCUUUACCACUGAUCUGACUGUUGAAAAUAUUUUAAAACAGCUAAGCUAAAAGGUCAUCAGAGAACAAGUGGCUGUUCCACUGGAUGUCAUAAGGUGCAUGCACCAAUUUGUAAGUCGCUCUGGAUAAGAGCGUCUGCUAAAUGACUUAAAUGUAAAUGUAAAGUGUGUGAAUUGGACCAUUUUCUGUCAUGCUAAUCAUAAAAAAUGUAAUGAGUA